AUGACCAGUGAAAUCACUAUCAGGUCUGAAACUCAAGAACAGCUAAUCCAGCUUAUCGAUUCUCAAUAUUUAUAUGUCACUCCCAGUGCUCCUGAUCAAAUUCUUUUUAAGACGACAAAUAUCCUAAUCGUUUUAAUCAUCGCACUCUAUCUGUUUGGCGUCUUCAAACAACUCGGCAAGUCGCGUAUCUGGGUAGCUCAAAUCGAUCCCAAAGGCUACUGGCAGCCCAACGUGAACGUUUUGCUGCCUAUCUUCGCCACUGCCCAUGGCAUUGCAUUGACUGCUGCGCUGGGUUUGAUGCAUCUCGACUUUGGCGGACCAGUGCGCCCUUGGGCAUUAUCCUUUGAAUCAGGCUCUUUUCUUCUUUUGCACUAUCUUAACUGGUCUAAGACAUGGGUGACGCUUUAUGCCAUGCCUCACUGCAACGAGGCUGGCCCUCGUUUGAUGCAUCCUCGGAUUGGGUCGUCGACACGCUUCGCCUCACCAAACCUUUUCAACUCGCUCAUCUUCCUAGGUUAUGCAGCCCCUGUGCUUAUUGGCUUCCCAUUGAUGAUAUUACAGCACCGUUCGAUUGAUCAAGCUCAUCAAGGAUAUCUAAGCCUGCUAAAAACUAUUGAAUCUAUAGGAAAUUCAAGUCCUACCGAUGCACCUCUGACCACCUGGCUUCUGAAUCCGACCAUGACCCUGAAGAUACAAGACCUCAAAAGCGAUGGUGAACAGACGCACCAGUAUGGAAAAUUGUUCGCCAUUAUGUUAAUAUCUGUUCAUUCCAUAAGUAUAUUGUUUUUGCUCUGGGCAACACAGGCAAUUUUGAGAACUCUUUUCAAACAAGUUAGGAUUCACCGACGUUGUAUCUGGAAUCGACGGCAGGUACUAGGGCUAGACCUUUCCUCGAUCCAAUCUCAUGAAUCAAAGCAAGCCAAAGGACCGCCUUUCGACAAGGCAGAGACCGCUAGUGUUGAUUCCCGCGCUGAAGGUUUCAUCAUUCAAUUCGAAUCAGUCAACAAAAUUGAACCCCCAAAAACCCGAGAGGCCUCCUGUUGGAUAGACUGGAAGGUUAUCACUCCAUGUCUUAGGCGGGGAACUGAGGUGGGCGCAGAGCUCUGGAACUCUGAUUUGAUACGGCACCUGGAUGAGAAGGAUCAAGUCCUUCAAUCCAAUCUCGAAGCGCAGUAUUUGACCUUGAGGCAGUACACUGCAAAUACGAUGUGGCAAGCGUUGCUUAUCUGUAUGAUCUCAGGUUGCUACAUCACUCUUGGCUUGUCAUAUGUUUUUAAUUCGCAGGACGCGCCAAUCCGGACCUCUUAUCCUCAGCUUUGUCUUAACCAGUUAAAAUACGGCGGGAUGAUUUGGACAGUUGGGGGCUUUUUACUGGCGACAACGUUUCGCAUCAAACUGAUGCAUCGAACUCUGAAGAACGACCAGAUUCGUCAAGUUUUCAAAUGUGCCAUCAUACAGAAAGAACACAGCCAUUUCGCAUUCAUGAGUUUUAAAUAUUAUCAAGAUGAAUUAUCAGAGAAGAAACUAUUCGGAUUUCACCAAUUUACCCUUUGA